GAUUAAUUUAUUUUUGGAAACUAAGUGCAAUAUUAAAAAGAAAAUAAAUCACAGUACAUUAUUGGAAGUCAUUUCUACUGAUUUUGUUACCUUUUUAAAUUUAUGAUUUGAUUUGAAUACUAUCAUGGGAGGAGCGGUGAGUGCUGGGGAAGAUAAUGACGACUUAAUUGAUAACCUAAAAGAAGCCCAGUAUAUCCGCACUGAGAGAGUGGAGCAAGCUUUCCGAGCGAUCGAUCGCGGAGAUUACUAUUUGGAAGGCUACAGAGACAAUGCGUACAAAGACUUAGCCUGGAAGCAUGGAAACAUACACUUGUCCGCACCUUGCAUUUAUUCUGAAGUUAUGGAAGCACUGAAACUUCAACCAGGAUUAUCUUUUCUUAACCUGGGAAGUGGAACCGGAUAUUUAAGUACAAUGGUGGGCUUAAUUUUAGGUCCUUUUGGAAUAAAUCAUGGAAUUGAACUUCAUUCAGAUGUGGUGGAAUAUGCCAAGGAAAAGCUGGAGAGUUUCAUCAAACAUAGUGAUAGCUUUGAUAAAUUUGAGUUCUGUGAACCUGCAUUUGUGGUCGGUAAUUGCCUCCAGAUAGCAUCUGACAGUCAUCAGUAUGACCGCAUUUAUUGUGGAGCUGGGGUCCAGAAAGACCAUGAAAACUACAUGAAGAUAUUACUGAAAGUUGGAGGCAUACUGGUUAUGCCUAUAGAGGACCAGUUAACACAGAUUAUGCGAACUGGACAGAACACUUGGGAAAGUAAAAACAUCCUUGCCGUUUCAUUUGCUCCCCUUGUGCAGCCAAGUAAGAACGAUAACGGCAAGCCAGACUCCGUGGGGCUCCCCCCCUGUGCUGUCAGGAAUCUGCAGGACUUGGCUCGUAUUUACAUUCGCCGCACACUUCGAAAUUUCAUCAAUGACGAGAUGCAGGCCAAGGGCAUUCCUCAAAGGGCUCCACCCAAGAGGAAGAGGAAGAGAGUCAAGCAGAGGAUUAACACUUACGUGUUCGUAGGUAACCAGCUUAUUCCUCAGGCUCUCGACAGUGAGGAGGAUGAGAAAAUGGAAGAAGAUCACAAAGAGGAGGAGGAGAAAGACCGCAGUGAAGCCGUGAAGCCGGAGGAGCCGCCUCAGAAUUUACUGAGAGAGAAGAUCAUGAAGCUGCCCCUCCCUGAAUCCUUAAAAGCUUACUUGACAUAUUUUAGAGACAAAUAAAUCAAGAAGAAAAAUGCCUACUGAUACUCCUUUAGUCUUGAAAAUGUAGCAUUUAUUAGGAGUUAAAAGACAAUUAUUUCUUUGAUCAGAGUGAAUUAUAGUGGGAAAAAAGUAUAACUUGUUUGUCAGUAACAAAAAAACAAUGUAUUCAUUGAUUAAAAAGAAUCUAUCUCUUUUAUAAAAUCUAUUUUUCUUUAAAUCUUGAGAAAAUGCUGUUUUAACUCAGUGAUUUCAAAGUGGAAUGCAACAAUAGUCAAGACUUUGUGUACUAUAAACCUUUUCUGAUUCCUUACAGAUUUGUAGUGGUGAGGGUUAGAUUUAAUUUUCUAUAAGGUUUAAAUAAUCGUGAAGCAUAUAUAAUCUGAUUUGAAUUGCAGCUGUUGGUGUUUCUCUAUGAAAACUUUCUUAUCUAAUAAGGAAAUCAGAUGCUUUGUAGACCUAUUUACACUUUUGUUGCAAUCACUCUUGCUGAAUUGCUGUAGAUAUAUUCCGGGCAAUAUAUGAGUGCAAUAAUAAUACAAGAUAUUGAAUAAUUUAGCUUUAAAAACAUAAAUUUAAUGAACUGUUACAGCCCUGCAACUUUUCCUUUUGAAUCUGUUGCCAAAAGGCAUGGGGGAAAUACUUGCUUCUCUUAUAGAGAUUUAAAGAGCACAGCAAGUGAAGUCGGAAGUGUCUGCCUAAUACAACUCGUAAUUUGUACGGGCCUUUUACAUUUUCAGUAUUUACAAAUAACGAGGCCAUCUUAAUUCUUUAGGGUUUUUUCCUGUAGUUCACUAUAUAAAGUAUUUAGUUUAAAAAAAAAAAAAAACAUCGUCCUGUCCGCCUGACAGUGCAGAGGUGUGAAGGAGCGAGCCCAAGCGGCCGCCACUCUCCUGCGAGCUCCGAGUCCAGGCCAGGGCGCAUGCGGUCAGCUGAUGCACUUUAGCUCGUGAGACUUAGAGUUUAUCAGAAUAUUUAUCUUGACAGAGUAGGGCUGAGCUUGCCUACAUUUGCUUUGGAUCUUUCUGUUAUAAGAAAUAGUCACAGAAAUUGUAUCUAGAUGCCUUUGUGUUACAAAUCAGGUUCAGAAUUGUGUAAUCUUUGGGACCUACGCCACGUUCACUUAACUUCUCAUAUUUUUUUGUUUCUUCACUAAAAUCAUAAUGGUUCUCAUUUUUUGCUUUAUGUUACAUACUUAAGUCACAUAGCUUAUCAGUGAUAAAACAGGUAGUAAAUUUCAUUAGAAGGUUUUUUUUUCUUAGUAUGACCUGAAAACAAGUCAUUCCUUGUUGAAAAGCAUACAAUGUAAUGUACUUCUACUUGGUGUUACACGGAUCAGACAUUUUUCAAAGGGAAACAUUUGGAACUAUUGUCGUCCCCAGCAUCACCGUCGCAGUGGUCAUGCAGAUACGCUCGGAGAAACUGGGUCGUCAUGAAUGAAAGGAUUCUUACCUCUCUGCUGGGACUCAGAUAUGGUGUCAGCUCCAGUCGUCCAUACCUCUAAAACAGUUGUGUGGAAUAGCCUAAACAUGGACCUGCUCCAGAGGAUUGAGGACAUUCUAGUCAUGUGGAAGAGAACUCCAUGGAAGGUGUUGGUCUUACACCCAGGGCUCAGGUGGUGGUGGUAUGGAAUGCGUACCUGUGAUUUUCUUUCUAGGUGAAUGGUAACCUGUUAUAAUUAAGAAAUGCCCUGUCUCAUCGAAGGAAGAAAAAAAUCAACUUCAUACUUUUGUCAUGUGUUAGAAAUGUGCAUUUGGUUUUUAAAAAAAAAUUUAUUUUAAACAAUAGAAAGUAAAAACAUUAAAAAUAAUACACAAUUUGAAAACAAGCGGAUAGGGAAUGUUCAGCCUCAUUGGUCAUUCAAGAAUUGUUCAUUUGAUUUUGAAUUAGCUGUUUCAGAAGUGUAAUGUUGAAUUCUGGUGCCCAUGUGUUUUUAUCUCGAAAACCUGGGAAGAGAUUUCAUCUUACUUGCCCCACCUCCAUUUUUUUGUUGGAGCUAGUUUUCAGAUACAUAAAAACAAAUAUUCUUCAGUGGUGAUUUUACUACUUAGGAAAGUUUUUGUUAAGGCUGUAUUUCAAGAUUGACAUUUUCCUGUUGUCUUUCAUUCUGUCGCCCGUGGGAAAGUGUACGGUGGAUUUUCAUGACCAUUGCCUGUUUUCUGUCAUUGAAAUGCAUCUUUUGUGUUUCUCAGUGCACUUAUUUUACAGGUGUGACUUUAUCAGUGACUUUAAAUAAACUGGUAGAAAUAAAAAUUCAAGUGAAGGUUUUUUUCUAUUAGUGCAGAUAGCUUGGACUAAGAAUACUUCUUGUUUUAUUUUUUAAAGAAUUCAGGUUGACUUGUAUGGAAAAUUAUGCUGUAUAGUAAAGAAAUGGAAAAUAAUGAUGAAGUGGAAGUGAAAAUGACGGGGGAUAUCAUUGUGGAAUUUUAUAGACACAUAAGACAUUAGAUACAUCUGAUUUAGGCCUUCAUUUUACAGACAAGAAAGUAGGCCUCAAGUGGUGAUUUGUUUUAUCUAAGCCACACAGCUUGUUGAAGACAGUGCCUGAAAUAGCAUCUAGCGUCAAAUCAAUCCCAGAAUCUGUCAGCAACACCAUAGCUACAAGGAAGAUAUUUUGAAUCUAUACUGCCUAUUGGUCGAUAUAUUUGGUUCUGGUAUUAAUAAAGAAAAAUGUUACUAAACUAGCGUACGUAGUGGUUAAAAUAAAAUGCCAAAAGUGUGUUGUCAUCUGUCUGAGAUGAAAGUGAAGGAAAGCCUGUUAAAUCAUUGGAAGACUUGGAAAAUUAUUUAAAAUAAACAAUCACAUACUUAAGCAUCA